CUUCUAUCCCGGAAGUGAUACCCCAGGACUGAUGUGGGUGUUCGGAGCCCAGCUGCGGUUCUGUUUGUAUCGUCGGGCGCCUGUUGUUUCCUGAAUAAAAUGGACACGCUCAACAAGCUGAAACAAUUUGACGCCUAUCCCAAAACUCUGGAGGAUUUCCGAGUGAAGACGUGGGGCGGCGCGACCGUGACAAUCAUCAGUGGCAUCUUCAUGUUAAUCCUAUUCAUUUCGGAGCUGCAGUACUAUCUUACUAAAGAGGUUCACCCUGAGCUUUACGUGGACACGUCCCGAGGAGACAAGCUGAAGAUCAACAUCGACAUCAUCUUCCCUCACAUGCCUUGCGCAUAUCUCAGCAUCGAUGCCAUGGACGUGGCAGGCGAGCAGCAGCUGGACGUCGAGCACAACCUUUACAAGCAGCGGCUGGACAAAGACCUAAAGCCAGUCGCCCAAGAGGCAGAAAGACACGAACUUGGUCAAGCUGAUGAUGGUGUGACGUUUGACCCCAGCACACUUGAUCCAAAUCGCUGCGAGAGCUGCUUUGGCGCAGAAACGGAAGAACUCAAAUGCUGCAACACCUGCGACGAUGUGCGAGAGGCGUACCGUAGGCGAGGCUGGGCCUUCAAGAGCGCCGACACCAUUGAGCAGUGCAAACGAGAGGGCUUCACGCAGAAGAUGCAGGAGCAGAAGAAUGAAGGCUGCCAAGUGUACGGCUUUCUGGAAGUCAACAAGGUGGCAGGAAACUUCCACUUUGCUCCAGGAAAGAGUUUCCAGCAGUCACAUGUUCACGUGCACGCUGUGGAAAUUCAUGACCUACAGAGUUUUGGGUUAGACAAUAUCAACAUGACCCAUGUGAUCAAACACCUGUCGUUCGGGAAGGAUUACCCCGGCAUUGUGAACCCCCUGGACGGGACACACGCCACGGCACCACAAGCCUCAAUGAUGUACCAGUAUUUUGUGAAAAUUGUUCCCACCAUUUAUAUGAAAACAGAUGGAGAGGUUGUUAAAACCAACCAGUUCUCAGUUACCAGACAUGAAAAAGUUGCCAACGGCCUGAUAGGCGACCAGGGCUUGCCUGGUGUCUUUGUUUUGUACGAGCUGUCACCUAUGAUGGUGAAAUUGACGGAGAAACACAGAUCCUUCACUCAUUUCCUGACUGGAGUGUGCGCCAUCAUCGGGGGCGUUUUUACAGUGGCGGGUCUCAUCGACUCACUCAUCUACUACUCAGCCCGCGCCAUCCAGAAGAAGAUAGAGCUGGGCAAAGCCUCCUAGUGACGCUCCAUCCACUCCUGCUGGCCUCUGUGUGGCGCAACCCUGAACGCAACGCCGGUCGGCGGAUGGAUUGGACCGGCUAGCGAGCGGCAGGCAGAGGACCGAACAUCUUUGAGAGACGGUAUAGAGACGGAAUUACAAAGAAAGAUGUUCAGCAUCAGCCGGGUUCUCCGUCCUCCUUUCUGGUUCCCGGAAGGAUGACGGGACAGAGAAACUGCACCUCAACUAACCGAACACAGGAUGGCGCUCCCAAUUCAGUUCAUCCUCAUGGAACGUCCUACGGCUGUGUUCCUUUCUUUGUGUUCUUUGUCUUGUGGUCACAUUGACGUCAGGGGUCAUCUCAACAUGUUUUUGCACAGGAAAAUUGUUCAUUUUUAUUGCCACUUACCAAGAAAAGUAUGAGAAUUGUAAAGUUGUUUUAAUGGCUGCACUGAAGAACGAGGGCAGCGUGCCAGAACACUAUAUGUUAAUUGUUUAAAGGAGGGGUGCUUCUCUUCUCUUUUGGAGUCUUCUUAAGGGUUCUGUUGAUUUAAUGUCAUUAAUCCUCCAUGAUGGACAAUUUCAUUUUAAUAAGGACACACUCACAUUUUUGUAUUUUUUCAGUGAAGACCUCCUCCAGCUAUGACACACUAUUGUCUGAAGAACAACUGAAUGAUAAAGUCUAGUGGUUGUACAUUUUAAACUGUGAAAAUCAGGGGUUGUGUGUGUGUGUGUGUGUGUGCGUGGGGGGGAAAAUAUGUAUUUAUAUUUUGAUUGUCCUCACAGGUUUUUUAAAUGACAAUAAACAAUAAACGUGACUCUUAUC